UGCAUCUCUCAGAGCAAAUCUUAUCGGCCAGGGACUGUGAAUUGGACCCUGAACUUGGUGAGAUCCAUAGCUUUGUUUUCUUUUCGACAGCGUCCAGACGACACAGCAACCCCGGCCAAGAUGGGCGGCGGCGGCGGCGGAGCUAGCCCGGACAAUCUGAUCCAUCGCAUGGCGAUGGAGGAUCCGGUGCCCUGGUACAAGAAACCGAACCUGCGCAGGAUGUACUUCUUAUUGUUCCCCUGUGUCAUCGGCAUCGAGAUGACCUCUGGUUUCGACUCGCAGAUCAUCAACUCGGCCCAACUUCUGCCGGCGUGGAAAGAGUAUUUUGGACACCCCAGCGGGGCAUACAAUGGCAUCCUCGCUUCUGCCCUCCCGCUUGGCUCUGUCAUCGGUCUCCCCUUCAUCCCGCUCGUCAACGACAUCUGGGGCCGCCGAUGGUGCAUCAUGUUUGGCUCCUGCAUCAUGAUCAUUGGCACCAUUAUUCAGGGCCUCGCGAUCAACGGCCCCAUGUACAUCAUGGCGCGCGGCAUUAUCGGUUUCGGCCUGCCCUACGCCAUCGUCGCGGGCUCCUGCCUGAUCGGCGAGCUGGGUUACCCCAAGGAACGGCCGAUCCUGACGUCGCUCUUCAACGCGUGCUACUUUAUCGGAGCCAUCGUGGCGGCGGGGACGACGUUUGGGACGCAGCAGAUCAACAACGACUGGUCGUGGCGGAUCCCGUCGUUCCUGCAGAUGGCGCCGUCGCUGCUGCAGGUCACGUUUGUCUUCUUCCUGCCCGAGUCGCCGCGCUUCCUGCUGAGCAAGGACCGGAUCGAGGAGGCCGAGGAGGUGCUGGUGGCGUACCACGCCGAGGGCAACGCCGAGUCCGAGUUCGUCAAGGCCGAGAUCGCCGAGAUCAAGGCAACGCUGCAGAUCGAGCUCGAGAACUCGAAGCGGUCGUGGCUGGACCUGGUGCGCACUGCGGGCAUGCGGCGGCGCCUCAUCAUCGGCUCGCUGCUCGGCCUGUUCACGCAGCUGUCGGGCAACGUGGUCAUCUCGUACUUCCUGGGUGACGUGCUCAAGCUCAUCGGCUACACGGACCCGACUUUCCAGGCGCAGUACAACCUCGGCAACCAGUGCUGGUCGCUGGUGUGCGGCGUGAGCGCGGCCCUGGUGGUGAUGCGCUUCCGGAGGCGGACCAUGUACCUGACGGGCAUCCUGUCCAUCCUGGCCGUAUACGUCGCCUGGACUACGUGCACGGCCAUCUUCAUCGUCGACCGGUCCCAGGUGGCGGCCAAGCUAUCGCUUUUCUGGAUCUACGCCUACAGCCCGGCGUACAACCUGUGCUUCAACGCCCUGACCUACACCUACCUCAUCGAGAUCUUCCCGUUCGCCCAGCGCGCCCGCGGUAUCGCCAUCUUCCAAUUCUGGGGCAAGGCGGCCCAAUUUUUCGGCACCAACGUCAACCCCAUCGGCACCCAGGCUAUCGGCUGGAAGUUCCUGCUCGUGUAUUGCUGCUGGAUCUUUGUCGAGGCAGUCCUGAUCUGGUUCCUUUGGCCCGAGACGUCCGGCCGCUCUCUCGAGGAGCUCGCCUUCCUCUUCGAGGCCGGCGAGAAUGCUCGCCGUCAAGACAAGUUAAUUACCGAGGUGCUGCACGCCGAAGAGCUGAACGAAAAGACGAGCCACGUGAAGGAUGCUUAAACUCGGGAUUGCAGUGACUUCUCUGGAUGAAAGAAUGGAAGUUAGCCUGGAGAUGUUGGAGCGCAUCGAUGGGAAUCAAGAAGGGGAGGGGCGUACGCGCUGAAGG